AUGUGUGUGGUGUUGGCGGGACAGGACAGCCACGUCCCCCCUCAGGCCGGGCCCUGCCUGCUGGCCGACCUGCCGGCCUGCUCCUCUCGCACUGCCAGGCUCCCUGCUGAGGCCAGCGCCCACCUGCACCUGUCCUCCCCCAGGUCACUGGGACCCCUUCAGGGCAGUGGGAGCCUCUCAGCAGCCCAGAAGACGGGCACUACUCCCCCGGGUGCAGGAGGGGAAACUGAGGAGCAGAGCUCCACAGCCCUUGUCAGCUCCCACAUGGGGACGGCCCUUUGUGUCCACCACUGGGGGCUGCCGGUGAGUGGGUGGGCCCCCCAUGCCAAUGGCUAUGCUGGGGAGGCACUGAGAGGACACGUCCCCCACACCCCGUACCCACGAGCCAAGACCGCCGGCUGUGGAAAAGGGGAGCUGACCGUCGCAGUGCCCUCACUGGGCCCCGGGCUCCCCGAGAAGACCCCGCCGGCUGUGGCUGCACCAGCCAUGCCCCUCCUCAGCUGCACCCAAGCCCGGAACCUUCCCCAAUCGGGAGCCCACAGGCGCCCUGCCCGGCCCCUACAGGGAGCUGGGCCCCGAGUAACCUGGGGUGGGCAGGGCAGGGGGACGGCCACCAGGGGCUCCAAGUUGAGGCCAGGGCGCGCGGCCCUGGGUCCCCCUGCCCCGGCCCACCGCCGGUCCCCGGCCCUGUCCUGCCCUCUGGCGGCGGCUGCCCGCACUGCAGCCUGGCCCCCGCUGGCUGUCCUGCGCCUCCGACCGGGAGGGCCGCUGGGGAGGGGGUCCUGUCCCCCGCAGGCGCACCGCGGGCCUGGAGCCUCGGUUUCCCUGGCUGGGAAGUGCGCCCAGGAGCGCUGGCCUCGGCGCGGCGGUGUGCGGGGACGGGCGGGGGCUUCCGCUGACGGUCUGCAGUGCCCAGCCUCCCUGCCCCCGCCCGUCGCGUGGCCCGGAGCCUUCCCCUCGGACCCCCGCGGCCCCUCACCCCGCCGCCUGCAGAGCGGGCCGGGCCUGGGGAGGGUUCGGUCCGUGGGGCCGGGAGCGGGCCUCAGCCACGCCGCCCCAAGCCCCCCAGGGCAGAGCCGCGGGGCUCGCCACCGCGCCCGGGGGCCCCUCCUGCACGCGCCCCGGGCCCACGGCGUUGACCCAGCCUCUCGCUUCUUCGCACAGGACCCGGCGGUGGGGGCUGCAGCCGUCCCAUUUGUCGGGGUUGAAAUCGGGGCGACGCCUGGGAUUCACCCGCCGCCCACCCGGAGCCAGACGCGCCCCUGCUUGUCAUCCGCGCCCUCGGGGGCUUCGCGGCGCAGGGCAGGGCCCGCCUCCCGGGAGGUGGAGAGAAUUCCGGGCGCCGGCGCCCAGGUGCCCAGGCCUCCUCCUGGAACUGCCCCCACCCCGACUGGAGCCCCCCAGCCCAGGGGACAUGACGAGGCCUCUGGGCGAGUAGACGGGUCCACGCCAGGGCCUCUCCGGGGUGGAGGGCGGGAGCCCGCGCGCUGA